UCAGAAUCACAUCCCCACAGAACGCAAAGCACAGACAUGUCUGCAGUUCCUCUCACUAGAAUCCUGCCCAUCGGGUUCCUUACUCACCUGCUUCUUUUCUCUUUCGUCUCUCUCACAAUCUGCGUGGAGUUCACUGAAGAAACUGGCAAACUAGGAAAAAUCAAUGUACUUCAGAGAGGAGGCAACCAGUGGGCAAUUGGACACUUUAUGGGUAAAAAGAGUCUUCAGGACACAUACAGACUGAGUGAACAAGAUUUGGAGGAAUCGGCUAUCUUCCCUCCACGCACUAUGGACAGCAUGAAAGCCAUCUUACAAGAGCAACGCAGAGAGCUGUCACCCAUUCAACUUCAGGGAGCACAGCGAAUACUAAGGAAAAUCCUGGAGCAGUAUUUUAAAACGUCCCAGAAGUAGAGAAGAUAUUUAUUUUCUUGUACAUAUAAGACACAUAUAUAUUUGUGCCUGAGAUACGGAACUUACUUCAGACAUUCCAAAGGCUAUUAUUUACAAUAAAAAGAAAAUACUAAUGAAAAUGGGAGUCUUUUCAUUCAGAGCCUUUCCUUAAUGUUAAGUGAUACCAAGUAGUGACUUUCAUGCUAAGCAUAUGUACAGUAUAUUUUCUGCCAUUUUACACAAUGUUCUAUCUAAGUAAAUCUGCAA